AUGAAUGCCCUCAGGCAGCAUGGGAACAGAAUCCGCGAGAAACUGAUUACAUCCAAGACUGUAGUUGCUUUCAUUGGCGUGCAAGGCCCGAAGGCCAGUGCAAGUGCCACAGAGUCACCAGAGUCUCAAAUUUUCAUCGACUCCGCACAGUUCCAGUCCCUGUUCCAGUCACGCCCAUCAGACUUCGACCUGCAUGACUCUGACUCCCACCACUUGUCCUCAGUCACCUUAAUCGACACCCUCAGAAGUCAGCCAUCUCACGCUCAACCUCAGAUCACCGUAAAGCGCGGCCGAAGGACCAUUGCGCCAUCCCCUCCACCUACACCUAGCGAACACAGACUCUCAACCUCGUCGGUCCCUGCGCGCAGCGUGCGAAGUGCACCCACCCUUGAACGUAUUUCGCUUCUAAAACCCUACAAAUUCCGGACGACUGCGCAAGAGGAGGGAAGGCACAGAUCAGAAAGAACACACAUACCGACCUUGGUGGAGGCGGACUUCCAGAGCCUGGCAAAACGAGCAAUAUCGAGUACAACCACGCGGUUGAUCUGCCCUCCACGCCACAGUCAAACUGAAAAUUUUAUCCUACCAAAGACACUGAUAGCGUCUCCUGUUUCCUUGCCUUCUACCCACAGCGUUGACCAAGGUUUACUUGUCGGACCCUCUCUGACCAUCAUACCAUCAAUGACGUCCGAGGUCUCUUCGACUUCAGUGUCAACCUCUACUCCCGCACAACACAAACCUCUGGUCGUCGGCCGCACCAAACCUCAGCCGGCCACGAUGGAUCCGUCAUCGAGUAGCGGACCUAUUGACAAAGCCAUCCCCGCCGAGGCAAAGGCAGCCCUCAACCACGAGAUCGCCGAGAACGUCAAAUCCAAUACCUCAGCCCCCGCACCCGUAGAGGGCACCACCGCCAACAAUAAAAAGAAAGAAAAAGCCCCCAAACAGCCCAAACCGCCGAAAGCGCCCGCUACACCGGCAGCACCUGUAUCUCCCGCCCUUAUCGACUUGCGAGUCGGCCACAUUCUUCGCGCGAUCGCGCAUCCGAAUGCUGAUUCCCUCUAUGUCUCCACCAUUGCAAUGGGCGACCCCGAAGGGACGGAACAUACUCAAGUCGAUGAGGAGACGGGCAAAGUUGUGCGGACAGUAUGCUCAGGGCUGAAUGGAUUAGUACCCUUAGAGGAAAUGCAAAAUCGAAAAGUCGUGGUUGUGGCGAACCUGAAGCCUGUGAAUAUGCGGAGCAUCAAGUCUGCAGCGAUGGUACUGGCUGCAUCCCCGCCGAUGGAAGAAGGUGCAGAUCCGCAUGCCGCCGAUCGCACUGUGGAACUAGUCAAUCCUCCGGAGGGAAGCGAGGCCGGCGAUGCAGUCUACUUUGAGGGUUGGCCGUAUGGGGAAGGCAAGGGUCCUGAGAAGCAAUUGAAUCCCAAGAAGAAAGUGUGGGAGAGUGUGCAACCGGGCUUCUUCACGAGCGAGGAGUGUGUCGUUGGAUUUGAUGCUGGAAGACCGGGCGUGGAGAUUGAGGGCGACAAGGAGAAGAAAGGGUGGUUGAUUGUCGAGGGAAAAGGGAGAUGUACAGUUCAGACGCUGAAGGGGGCUGUCGUGAGGUGA